AUGGGAGUUCUAUGUGUCUGUGUAUCCUUUUCUUCAUCAGGUUUUGAUGAAGAUAAGCUUCAUAAGAUAACUUUGGCUGUCAAUAGAGGUGCCAAAAAGGGGUCUGCCCUAAACCUAGGGUACCCUACAUUUCAGAGACACUUUGCCCUUGCCUUGAACCCAGCAGCCGCCACCCCUCUGCUAGGGUUUCGUUUCUUCGUCUCGAACCAGUCCAUCACAAGAGCUCGACUUGUGAUUUCUGCUCCACUUUUGCAAGUACGCCUUUCAAGUUGUUGUGCUCCGAGGUCCCGCGUCGAGGUUCUGUUAACCUUUUCCAGUUGGGCGAGGUUCUCAGGGUCAACAAGCGAAUGGCGAUUCCGCUGCUUAGCCAUCUGGGCUGGAGUUUCCUUAUGUUUAUUUAGGGCCAUGGCCCAUGUAUUUCUUUCCGUAUUUCUACGCUACAUUCUACGCUGUAUUCGUAUUCAGCUAUCCUGUUUUUAUUGGCAUCGUGGUGUGCCUAGUUUUGUAGGGGUUGUGUUAGGGACCCCAAGACUUUUCUGCAGUACUAUUAUCGCGUGACGUUUCCUUUAA